AUGGAGUUACUUGUGGUUGACGGGGUGAAGUUGAUGAAUAGACGGGUCAUGUACGACUACAACAAAGGUUCAUUCCACACUUGGGAUGGAAGAAGGACUGCCCCCCUUUCGAAUUCCUCAUCAAUCGGAUCGUUGACCACAGGAUCUUCAUCAUUGUCGCUACUUUCCCCUGUUCCCCCCCUUCUUCCAAAAAGUGAACCAAACCAAACAAAACCCACCAACCAAAAGAACACACCCACCAACAACCAGCCCAACCACAAGUCCAAUGUUCAAUGCGCCGAGUAUGUGAGGACUGUGCGACUUCACAGAGCCUCACUGAGGAAGAAAUCUAAAAAGUAA